UCAUUAUAUAUGAAGAUAUAUUCUCGGAAAAUAAAAGUAACCAUAACCAACAACAAAAUUUGAUGUGAAAUGCGACACAAUAGGCUCUAAGAAACCAAACGUUGUCGCUUGAAGCUCUUGACUCCAAGGGGGACGACGAAGAAAACGCCACCGUUUUCAUUUGGAUAAGACGAGGGCAAAAGGGGUUUUGGGGUUUUACUAGCUGCAAUCAAUGUGUGAAUGAGCAUAUAUCUCUAUAGUCUUUUCCUUGCAAGAUUCUUCUUUCUGUUUAUUUGAUUUGGCUCAAAAGAUUGCAGAGUCCAAAUAUUUCUGGACCAAUAGAAACUAUCCGCAAAGAAAAGCGUACUUCUUUACACGGGUUUCCAUCUCUAAUUCUACUACUUUAAUGAGGCACUAAAUGAAGGUUAUUCUAGAUGUGGCAGAGACCUGUAUCAUCAUUUGUAGAACAACUUGAGAGGAGUUUGCACUGAAUUGUGAUAAUUUUCUUCUUUUCCGGAUUCGAACUCGAUAAUUGCCAGAGUUUGACAGAUACACUUGCUGCCGGAUUAAGCUUUAGUUGCAAUUGUGAUAAUUCCUUGAAAUAUUGGUGGCGGCAAAACAAAUGCUGAAUUGCUUAUGGCUUAAAGGCUUUCUGUUCUUUCAGUGAUAAUCUUUUUCAUCCUUUUGUUUUACUGUUGAUUUAUGUUUCAUAUUUCCUUGCUCAACAAUAGUUCGGCAUUCACAUGGUAAUCUAUUUCUUCUUGUGAGUGGAGAAAAAUGUUUUUCCUUCAAACAGUUACUAUGCCAAAAUUCUUUUCACCUCUCUGUUCAGUGAAUAUCGAGCCUAAUGUGCUCUUCCUUCCAUCAAAUUUUCCUCAAAGUUCUCUUUAUACUCAUACUUUAAGCACUCGUUGCUGUUUGGAAUAUGUCUUGCUGUCUUCCCCACAUCGUGGACACAUCAUAAGACCUUUUUCUUGUCUUGCUUAUUCAAGGAAAUCUGAUUCAGAACCUGACCCUGGAGCUAAAUCCAGACCCAAAAGUAGACGUAAAACAAGAAACUGCAGUCCAGAAGCUGCAGAUGCUCAAAAGGAAGAUGAAAAUCCUGGAAUGAUCUUCCCAACAAGCGCUACAUGGAAACCAACGCAUGGUCAUAGGAGUGAAGCAGAUGCUGUUGAGGAUUUUGUACGUGACACACUUGAACGGACAUUUGCAUCAAUUCAACAGCAAAACCCAGAAAUGUUAGAGAAUAAAGGAAAUAUAACGAAGGACAAAGUUAAUGAUAAUAUAGAUUCUGAAACCAGUGACGACGACGACGACGACGAGCAAGAAGAUGAAGAUGAUGUUGGUAGAAGAAAAGGAAAGAAAAAGAAGAUGGUGGUUGAGGAGGAAAACCCAAAUUGGCCAUUGGAUGCUGACGUGGGUUGGGGAAUUAGAGCAUCAGAGUAUUUUCAGAAACAUCCAAUCAAGAAUGUUGUGGGGGAAGAUGGAUUCGAGAUUGACUGGGAAGGGGAGAUAGAGGAUAACUGGGUGAAUGAGAUUAAUUGUCUUGAGUGGGAGAGCUAUGCUUUUCAUCCUAGCCCAUUGAUUGUUCUUGCUUUUGAAAGAUAUAACAGGGCAACUGAUAACUGGAAGACUUUGAAAGAGCUGGAGAAGGCGGUCAAGGUGUAUUGGAGUGCAAAGGAUCGAUUGCCUCCUCGGUCAGUGAAGAUAGACGUCAAUAUUGAGAAAGAUUUAGCAUAUGCUCUUAAAGUUAAAGAAUGCCCCCAAAUUCUCUUUUUACGAGGAAACAGGAUCGUUUAUAGGGAGAGAGACUUCCGAACUGCUGAUGAGUUGGUCCAGAUGAUUGCACAUUUCUACUACAAUGCAAAGAAGCCUCCGUGUGUUAAUGAUGCAGCUCUAUCUCCACCUUAUUAACUUGCCAGCACAAGGUGGAUUAUCUCAGGCGGGAGAGCCGGGAAAGUGUGUGACCAGCUGGGAUUGCAAAGACAGUAAGAGCUGCAAGGAUGAAUGCAACAAAAACUAUCCCCAAGGAUAUGGACUCUGCGUGGGCAACCCGAAAACCUGCUUAUGCAGCUACAAUUGUCGUUAAAAAUUGCUAUAGAAUUGUAUGUAUGCGAGUGAAAAAUCAAUGCACCAUAGAGAAUAAACAAGAUGCAGAACUUCAAAAAGUUUAAUGAUAAAAAUUAUCCAUUUUAUCAAA